GUUCUAAAACCCUAGCAGAAUCCUCAGUGUCUGUUCCAUUAAAGCAGUUGAAAAAUGAUUCGCAGAAAUAUCCGAUUGAGAAGGGAAUAUUUAUACAGAAAAAGCUUAGAAGGCAAAGAAAGAGAACUCUACGACAAGAAACGCAAAAUUAAAGAAGCUUUAGCUGAGGGAAAGCCUAUUCCUACUGAGCUUAGAAACGAAGAGGCUACUCUUCGCCAGGAAAUUGACCUCGAAGAUGAAAACACCGCCGUUCCAAAGACUCAUAUUGAUGAUGAGUAUGCAAAAGCUACUGAACAAGAUCCUAAAAUUUUGCUUACUACUUCUCGCAAUCCAAGUGCCCCUCUUACUCAAUUUGUAAAGGAAUUGAAAAUUGUCUUCCCCAACGCUGUCAGAAUCAAUCGUGGUGGUCAGGUUAUUUCUGAAAUAAUUGAAAGUUGUCGUACGCAAGCUUAUACAGAUGUUAUUUUGGUUCAUGAGCAUCGUGGUGUGCCUGAUGGUUUAAUUAUAAGCCAUCUGCCUUUUGGUCCAACUGCUUAUUUUGGAUUGCUCAAUGUGGUAACUAGACAUGACAUUAAAGACAAGAAAGCCAUCGGAACUAUGCCUGAGGCCUAUCCACAUUUAAUUCUUAACAAUUUUAAAACCAAGCUAGGGGAAAGGACAGCCAACAUUCUGAAGCAUCUCUUCCCAAUGCCAAAGAUAGAUAGUAAACGCAUCAUUACUUUUGCAAAUCAGUCUGACUAUAUCUCCUUCAGGCAUCAUAUCUAUGACAAGAAAGGUGGUCCCAAAUCUGUUGAACUCAAGGAGAUUGGUCCAAGGUUUGAAAUGAGGCUUUAUCAGAUAAAAUUGGGAACUAUGGAACAGAGUGAAGCACAGAACGAGUGGGUUAUUAGACCAUACAUGAACACGUCCAAGAAACGCAAGUUUAUUGGAGAUUAAUGAAAACUCCAAACACAGUUCAAACACCGAAAGGCUGUUUCUCUGUAAUUCUUUUCCAUUGCAUUAAUAUCUUUUUAAAAUUUUUUUUUGGUGUUACUGCUAUGUAAUAUUAACAGUCCCUUCGAAAUGAGAGUUUCUUCUAUUUUUUGCUCGUA